AUGAAUGCAUUUAGCGGGGUUGAUUACCUGCCACUCCGUCCAAUGGCGUCCCCAAUGUCGGUUGUGGACGUCUUCUUUCCCGGAUUCAGUGCUGUGAAUGCCUCUGUACAGCAGCUGCUUCCUCAUGAUGUGAAUGGAUAUGUUCACUUGCUUUGCAUGGGGGCCGUCUUCGUAGUCUUCGCUCGAUACGCGUAUAGCUAUGCAAAUGAUGUGAUCAACAAAUACUUGAGUAGAACCAUUCAUAUAAAGUACUAUGAUGAAACAUAUGAGAUGGUCACCAACUGGGUACAGCAGCAACCAUUCGCUAGAGAAGCAGCUUCCUUGAUGGCUCACGUAAGGACCCAGCAACAAAUGUUCUGCCAGGACGACUCUAUGAGCAAAAAGCCUCUGUCGUACUCCCCUUGGGAUGGAUCUUUCCCUUUCUGGUUCAAGAAUCACCGGCUCACAUAUCACUGUCGAGUGAAAGACCACCAUGAAGAAAUUUCCAUCUCGUGCAUUGGUAUAUCUUCAGCCAUUUUGACUGAGUUCAUGGAAGAGUGCCGCGUGCAAUAUCUCAGCCUUAUUGAGCGGAAAGUGCCAGUUUUUCAGCCUGAAGGCGGUGAAUGGAAAAGGACUGGUCUGAGAUCCGCAAGAGAUAUUUCCACCGUCAUAAUGGACGAGAAAGUGAAAAGCGAGGUUCUGGGCGAUAUGAAAGAGUUCCUUGAUCAACAGACUUUAGCGUGGUAUACUUCCCGCGGAAUUGCUUACAAACGAGGAUACCUUUUGGUCGGACCUCCUGGAACGGGGAAAUCCAGCUUCUGCCUUUCCGUCGCCGGUCUACACGACUUGGACAUUUAUAUUCUCAACCUGUCAUCAGGCUUGAGUGACGAGGGGCUGGGCAAGCUCUUUUCUAAGUUGCCGGCUCAUUGUAUCGUUCUCCUAGAGGAUGUGGAUGCGGUUGGUAUGAAACGGAAAGACACCAGUGCAGGUCAAAAGCAAAAGCAGAAGGAUGUGUCCCAAUACGGAGUAUCACUAUCCGGCCUCUUGAAUGUUAUUGACGGCGUUGGGUCGCAGGAGGGUCGCAUACUUAUCAUGAGCACGAAUCACGUCGAUCAUCUGGAUGAAGCCCUUAUUCGGCCAGGCCGUGUCGAUAUGACCGUACAAUUCAAACACGCCGACAAGGAUAUCGUCGUUCAACUUUUCUGCAACAUCUUCAAAGAGACACCUGGAGUUGAGCCAGAAAAGGAAGUCAAUGAUGUAACGAUUGAAAAAUUGGCCGAGGAGUUUGCUACCCACGUGCCAGUGGGAGAGUUCAGUCCAGCUGAAGUCUUGAAAUUCCUCGUGAAGCACAAGAACUCGCCUGUGGAUGCUGUAAGUGGUGUCCAAGAAUGGGUUGCGAAACAAAUGGAAGUAAAGGAAUCAAAGGCAAAGCUGGAGAGGGAAAACUCGUGGGUUAAGGAUGACUAA